AAAAAAAAAACUCACGCGAAACCUACGAAACUCUACGCUUUUUACGUCCUCUUUCGUUCGCAUCCUCCCCCUUGUUGAUAUCUUUACUGACUUAUACCUCUUUCCGAUGCGAUUCUUUUCACGACUAUUACGAAUUCAACCACCGGAGCAGCCUGAGACGUCGUCUUCGUCCCCAGGAGCCUCGACGUCCCCUGCGGAUACCCGUGGCGACAACGACCACUCAGAAAACACUUCCCCUCACCGGAUGGACUCGGAGGGAUACCCAGCAUGGCUUCCCCAGCGACCCCCACCCCCCGCACCAGCCUCGACAGUUCGGUCAUCCACCAUGGACGUCACUACCGUGCAAGAAGCAGGGCCGAGUGAACAUCCGCCGUCCUCGUACCUGGGUGGGAGGAGGGCCACGCCCCGGUCCGUGAGGAUAGUGAGCUUGCAGGAUUCGGCAUAUGGUGUGGACAGUGAGAAGGAAAGACGUGUGCCGACCGAUCAUACACGAGUAGGCAGUGGGUCCCAUUAUCCGCGUGUAUGGUCACGGGCAACCGCAACUGGUGCUGCUGCGCCAUCACCAACCGUCUUCUCCACCACCGAUCUACUCACCCGUGGGCUCCAGCCAAAAUUUCGCUCAAGAGGCCUCAAUAUCGACCUCCUUCGCAACCCUUCCCCAAUUGCUCGCAUCUACUUUUAUCUCUUUCGUCUAUUCAUCUUCGCCCACCUUUUCCUUCAGACAUUCUUCGACUUCAACGCUGUAUUCAUAAUCAUUCAGGUGGCUAAACACCCUAACCCAGAGGCACCCGGCGUCCCCGGCUCUGGAAAAAACUGGUCAUUCGGCGCAGCUGCCUAUAUCACCUGCUGGUUUCUCCAAAUCGCCGGCGUCUUCCUUGUAUACGAACUCUUGUACUCUUUCGUCCGGCGAUGGCGCGUCAAACGCCCUUCUAUAUAUCCCAUAUACCUCUCAUCCCCAGCCUUCAACUUCGUAUCCAUCCUAUCCUUCCGUAACUUCUGCUUCCUCCACUACCUUCGCUAUUCCGCCUUCCGCGGAAGCUUCGGCAGCAUCCGUGACGGUCUUUCUGAGACAUUCUGGUUCUAUGCUCAAAAUCUCCCGACCGUUGCCCUUCUCCUACCUCGAGCAGCGAUCUCUGUCGCGUUGCUCCUGGGGUUUUGGGAGCCGGACGUUGGAGAGGUCGCACUUGCGGAUGCAGGCAUCGAUAACAGGGACGGUACCUUUUUUCGCGGUGACGGAGCUUUGACCGAUUAUGCACGCGGGGUCCUCCUUGCAAACGCUGCGUGGACGGCGUGGCGAACUCUAGUACUGUUCCUCAGCUGGAUCGGUCUGUGGGCAGUCAGUGGUCAUGGCUGUGCCGGCUUUUGUGGUCCACGAGAUCGAUGGGAGGAAGAGGAUGCGGAGAAGACGGUUUCGGUUUACAGCGAUAAUCCAACACUCGCUGCUGAUGCGCUCCCCUGGACUUGGCGAGAGUGCACUAAAACGCGUAUCCAAGAAGCCUAUGACUUCUGUCUCACCACGACACCCCCUCGGCAGAAGGAGCUUGCAGAUACACCGGAGCCUUUUGAGGGGAUGGACCAGAUCAUGGCUGCGGCUGGUCUGGGCGGCACAGUGCCGCAAUCACGGAGAGGUGUUCUCACCGACGACUUCUUCAGAGGGCCGAAAGGAGAGCCGUCGCCGGAGAUCGUAGGGGAACCCUCUACCUCGGGGGGUCCGCUGAGAGAGCUGCCCUAUCCGUUCACGAUGAAGGCCGCUCAGGUGUCGUCGGAUGACGAGAAGGUGCCGUUCCCGCCUUCUCCGUCCCUGCCGAGCGAGGAGAAGUUGACCACAGAGAAAGAGACGAGUGCAACGGGUGGUGAUGAUGAUGCCGAUGAGGAGGGAGAGGAAGAGGAGGAAGAGGAAGAAGAGGAAGAAGCAGACAUUGGCCACAGAGAGCUGGGCGUCGUUGGCAGUGACAAGCGUUCCUCAGGGCGCGGGUCAGGUUCAAUGUCAAGCUUGGGACAUCCGGUGUCGUCGCGGUAUCCCUUCCAGUUCCGUAGGCCGGCAAGAGGAACGAGUCUCUCCUCUGGUUCCCACGGUACACCACCCCAAUCGACGACCAAUUCUAAUGCGCAUUCUAUUCAUUCGCGCCUCUCCCAGUCGACGGGCAAUGUUGAAUCGUCAGACUCCCAUUCUCCUCGAUCGCACUACAGCACCAGUUCUGAUGCUGCCAGUCCCAGGAGUUUGCAAGGCAGCAGCGUGAUUCCCAUGCCACCAAGGCACCCCAACCGGAGUCGCGCUGGGACCGUCCCUUCUUCCCCUGUCCCUUCUUCUCCUAGCAGCCCCAUCAGUUUCCCCAGAUCAGGACGCCCCAGAGCGAGGACAAGAACGAGUAGUAGCGUCGCACCCUCCUUCGGGGAACCUCAACCACCCGUGAUCUCGAAUUACUCAGACUUAGAAGGAGGGGAUGACUCAAGAAUCGAGGAAGGCGAUGCGCUGGAUCAGCCGGAGCCUGAGCUCCCUGAAGCAGCAGAAAGCGAGGACGUCGUCGGUCUACUGACGCUCGAGCCAUCCGGGUCAAGUUCCCCCCGCAUGUCGUUCAUACCCCUCCGCGCUCGUCCAAGCACCCCAUCACACCGGAACAGCUCCAGGUCCGGCUCCAUCUCCCGGUCCAACUCCCAAAGCGGCUCCUCCUCGUCGCGUUCCCGCGCGGGCUCCCUAUCCGCCGUCCGCUCGCGCACCCAGUCACUGAUCCACAACAUCAGUGUGACGAGCCUAGAACUCGUCCAAGGCGCUAUGCGCUCCCGCGCGGACUCGUCGAUGGCCCGUCUGGAGGAAGAUCCCGCCGGUUCGGCGACGCAUUCGCGCUCGGGGAGCUCGACGGACCCGACGAGCGGGACCGGGAGUGGGAGUGGGGGGGAGAAUUGGACGUUUGGGCAUCCAAUGGCGUGGCAGAGACAGGAGAUGAGAGAGCGGAGGGCGUAUCAACAACAGCAACAGCAGCAGGAGGCAGAAGAGUUUGAAGAGGGACCCUCACACGAGUACGUUCGUGGGCAACAGCCGUCCCCGGUUAUUGAGAGGGACUCAGAGAGCGAGUCGUCGCAUGAGGGUCCUGGGUCCGGGUCGAGCGUACCUAUUGUGAUGCACGAGUCGCGGUCGGAGCUAUCCGUUGGUAGGACUUCGACGGAGCAACCGUACAUGAGCGCCAGUUCUUUGUCGCCGCCAUCCGUUUUUAGGCCUAGACCGCGGGAUAGCGAGGGUGCGUUGAGCAUGUCGAUGACCAGUAGUAGUCAUCCGGAUAUCAGCACCGCUGCUGCGUCGUUCGUCACUGCGCCUGCGACGAUAGAAGGCUCAACGACGGAGGAUAGUAUUCGGACGGUUUCCACCGUUGGCGCUAUCCAUCAUAUGGUAGACCGGCCUCAUCCGAGCGGGAUAGGAGGGUACGGUCAUGUAGAGUAGAUUCCCUUUUUUUUUCUCACGGGGUUACUUGACUUAUUUCGCCUUUUAUUGUUGUGCAUUUCAAGUGUUUAUUCCUAACAUUGACGACCGCUAAUAGUAUACAUAGCUGACUUAAAUCAUUCACCAUUAUCCCCCACCCCCCCACACCAUCCAUCUAUCCCGUGGAAUAUCUUGACCAUCUUGGAUAUCUUUAGCCUUCCUAUACCUUUGGAUGGAAAAACAUAGUACUAAUCUCAUGGAAUGAAACCCUUGUCGCGGAUGCCGCGCAUGUCUUUCGUACCUUUGGCAGAGAUUACGGCCAGGCGAUAGAUAAAUGAAUACAUC